UCAAAAUCUCCAACCCUUCUUCCAUUUUUCUCUCCUAAGCAAUGGAAAUUGGGUGUGAUGAAAAAGUAGGGUUAUUGGGAAAAGGGUGGAUAUGGGUGAAGGGGUUAGUUGGAAAAUUGGUGGGGGUUGCAAGAAAGGCAAAAGCUUUGGGAAAAGAUGACCCAAGAAGGGUUAUUCACUCACUAAAACUAGGGCUUGCUCUCACAAUUGUCUCAUUGCUUUACUAUUACAAGCCACUUUAUGCCAACUUUGGAGUUUCAGCAAUGUGGGCAGUCAUAACUGUUGUUGUUGUCUUUGAAUUCUCAGUAGGGGCAACACUGGGAAAAGGAUUGAAUAGGGCAUUGGGAACACUGUUUGCUGGUGCUUUAGGAGCUGUAGCUCAUCACUUGGCUGCCUUAUCUGGACAUGUUGGCCAGCCAAUUCUAACCACUAUCUUUGUCUUUCUACUAGCCUGCAUAUUGACAUUUGUGAGGUUCUUUCCAAACAUCAAGGCGAAACAUGAUUAUGGAAUGGUGAUAGGCAUUUUAACAUUCUCUUUGGUGUCCAUAUCUGAGCUUCAAGAUGACCAAAUCUUUGAGCUUCUUCAGAAGAGAGUUUCCACAAUCUUCAUUGGUGUCUCUGUUUGUGUGGUCAUUUCCAUUUUGAUUUCCCCAGUUUGGGCUGGUCAAGAUCUCCACAAUCGCAUUGCUCUCAACAUUGAAAACUUAGCCAUUUUCUUGGAAGGAUUUGGAGCUGAAUACUUCAAAACUUUACAAGAUAGAGAGGCUAAAGAUGAAAAGUUUACUCAAGCAUAUAAAAGUAUUCUCAAAUCAAGUGGCAUUGAAGAGACAUUGUAUAACUUUGCGAGGUGGGAGCCGGGCCAUGGAUGUUUUCAGUUUCGUCAUCCAUGGAAGCAAUACCUUAAAAUCGGAACCCUAACUCAUGAAUGUGCCUAUAGAAUUGAUGCCCUUCAUCGCAAUCUCUCUGCUUCUAACAUCCAAGUUUCACAAGAAAUUAUUCGAACAGAAAUCACAGAACCAUGCAUUGAGAUGAGCAUUGAAUCAGGGAAAGCCCUGAGGCAGCUGGUUUCCUCCAUAAGGGAAAUGACUCGCCCAACUAAAUCAGAAAUCCACAUACACAACUCAAAAGCAGCUGCCAAAAAGCUCAGAACUUCCCUAAGAUCGUCACGCUUGUGGGAAGAUUGUGAUCUCUUGACACUCAUUCCCGCCGCCACCACCGGAUCGCUGCUUGUCGACGUCGUCGAGUGUUCCGAGAAAAUAGCCGAAGCCGUUCAAGAACUUGCUUCUUUGGCCCAUUUCAAGACCGUGGUGUCGUUAGAGAAAUCAGAGGCAUCAGCACAUAUUAUUGAAGUUGAAAAAGGGCAGCCCAAGAAUGGUAUUUCUUUUGUUACAAUACCAAUUAGUGGUGGGUGAAGUUUAGAGUUGUAAUUAGAUGAAAUGAAACGACUAACAUUAGUCACAGCUUUGGAUUUUCUGAUUGUAGCAAGCUGGGAUUGAUGUUGUUGUUGAUCUCUCCUAAAGAGCCUAUUUUGGGUAGUUUAUUGAAGUAAUCCAAAAUAACAUUACUUAUUAGUUUGGUUGCAGAAGUACAUUGUUGUG